CGGCCACACUGACGGAAGUCGUGCAGCUGCCAUUGUGGUGGUUUCGUGUUGGGUGUUUAUUGUGAGUGUGCCGCCGCCACCGCCCCCAUGAGAAUGCUGAGGAUGCCCGAAAUGGUGGACGGGGACGAGAAAGGCAAACUCUUUGUAGGGGGCUUGUCUUGGGAGACAACCCAGGACAAUCUUCAACGCUUUUUCUCUAGAUAUGGCGAAGUCAUCGAUUGCGUUGUUAUGAAAAAUGCAGAAUCAGGCCGUUCUAGAGGAUUUGGUUUCGUUACAUUUUCAGAUCCAGCCAAUGUAAAUACUGUACUUCAAAAUGGCCCACAUACACUAGACGGAAGAACUAUCGACCCGAAACCAUGUAAUCCAAGAACUUUACAAAAGCCCAAGAAGGGCGGAGGUUAUCCGAAGGUAUUUUUAGGAGGUUUACCUUCCAACGUGACGGAAACCGAUCUGAGGACGUUCUUCACUCGGUUUGGAAAAGUAAUGGAAGUUGUUAUUAUGUAUGACCAGGAGAAGAAAAAAUCAAGAGGUUUUGGUUUCUUGUCGUUUGAGGACGAGGAGUCGGUCGACCGAUGCGUCUCCGAGCAUUUUGUGAACCUAAACGGCAAACAAGUCGAGAUCAAGAAAGCCGAGCCGCGUGACGGUUCCGGCGGCAAUAAGAUGGGGGGUGCCGAUCCAUCGUCGGCUUGGGGUCCGCCACAAGCCCCCAUGGGCAUGAUGCAAGGCCCCAAUGGACAAAUGGGCGGUCCUCCGAUGAAUCUGGGCGCUCCGAUGGGACCCAAUAUGAUGCAGGGUUACCAAGGUUGGGGCACAUCGCCUCAACAGCAGAGUUACGCCAGUUAUGGUACACCAUCAGGUCCUGGAUCAUACCAGGGAUGGGGUGCGCCGCCUGCACCGCAAGGACCGCCGCCACAAUGGGGCAACAACUAUGGAGGACCGCCGCAACAGCAAGGUUAUGGGUCGUAUGGUCCGAGUGCCGGUAGCGGAACAAGCUGGAACAGCUGGAAUAUGGCCCAGAAUAGUGGAUCGACAGGUCCGUCAGGUUACAUAGCAGGGGAUAUGUACACACGCGGUCAAUCUGGCCCCGGUGGUCCGGCCACCCCCAGUGCCCCGCCGAAUAUGUCCUCCUCUGGCGGCAGCUCUAAACCAGGUUCGGAUUACAACUACGGCUACGGAUCGUACGCUUCGGCGGCGGACGCCGGCGGCUACGGCGCACCGCCCCGUUCGUACGGCAGCGACGGCAGCAGCCAAGUGAGCGGAUACUCCUCCCAACCUCCAAACGCAGUUGGAAUCGUGUUGGCUUGAUUAACAUGAAGAGAGCAGCCGGACUGGUCACUCCCGCCAAAAUCAAUUAUUCUGAUUAGAUUGACAUAUGAGAAUCGACGGGACACACAUAACACACAUGAUAUCAUACGCCGUCUGAGUUUUCGCAGCUAAUUCGUUCGUGUUUGAUUUUUAUUAUUAUUUUUUAUUAUUAAUUAGUAUUUCAAAACGAGAACACGCCCUCUAACGGCAGAACCGACAACCUUCACGUAUUUUCAGUCAUUUUUCUCGGGGGUAGAUUAGUGUUUCGUUGCUAGAGGACGCUUUCCGAUUUUGUUUUGUUUGUAACACUUGUCAUAACACUACUACAGACAGACAGAAGUGUUGACUAAUUUUAAGCACUGCUCAAGUUGUUAUUAAAGUAUAUUAUAUAAUUAAAAAUAGUGUAAAUUCAAUUUUUACCUCAUAUCUCUAUUUCAAAGUUAGAGUGUCUGCGUGGUUGUGUCUUAAUAUAAACCCAAAAAAAAAAUAGAAAAAAAAAGCGAAACGAUUAAGAAUGUGAUUCAUACUUAGUUAGUAGGUGUAAAACUUUCUUAAACUUAAGUUAAAUGCAUUUACAAUAGUUGGUAAUAAUGAAACGUUUCGCAUAAUAUAUUUAUGAUGUAUUCCUAUGAUGAAACUGAUUACUUAUUGUAAGUUGAACGUGCUCUAGUCUCAUGUUUCAAUAUCAAAUUGUAGGUGGCGUAAUUGUACAUAUUACUAUAUAAAAAUGUAUUUUAUCUAAGUUAUUUCAAAUUGACCAGCAGACAAUCUAAUCCAAUAAGGAAUUUUUAAAUAAUUGUUGUAAGUUAAGGUCACUAUUUAAUAAAUAUUAAUUUUAUAAUAAGUAAAUGACAUAAAUAGUACACAACCACAUAGCUAAGUAGGACUUAUCAUAAGAUCUGGCUGUACUCUAGUAAUAGACCUCCUCUUUUUUUAAAAUUGUGUUCACUUUUUUUUAGUUUUAAUACGCGGUCAAACGUCCGUUUAUAAUGAACCGUUUGAAACUUUUUUCAAACAUCACAUAUCAAAAGUAUUUGCUUUUGAGAAAAGUUGGAGCGAACGUUUCACUUAUAACGGACAUUUUCGAACGACAUGACUCGAAUCAGUGUAGAUUUUUAUAUUCUUUUUGUAUACCUAUUUAUUAUAAUUUUAGUUUCACUUUGGUUAAAACAAAUUAGUUUGAGUGGUUGUGUAAUAAGAGGCAAGAAACAAAUUACACCGAAAACUUUGAAUUAGGGGUUGUCAGGGAGGGGAGGGGGCGCGAUUCGGAUUAAAUAAGAUAUAACUAAUAGAUUUUAGCAGUUAACGAAUUCAUGGUGAUUUAUAUUUAGUAGAAGUAAUUCUGUCUGUCUGGGCCUCAUGUGUCUAUCUAAUCAAACGAGUAAUUGAUACGUUUGUUUUUUUUAGUGAACAUUUUUUUAUUUUUUAUUAAAAAUUGAGUGUGACAAUCUACAUUAAGCAAUGUUUGAUAGCAACCUAGACGUAACUGAUAUUGUUUUCUAGUUUUAAUUGUAUAAUAUUCCUCGGUUAACGCAGACCAAUACAAUUUUAGAAAAAAGUGAAAGUUGAAAACAAAAAUAAAGCGCUCUUUUUAAAGUAGGUAGUAGUGUUAAUUAGUAAAAAUGAUUAUUCCCUUUCUUCUGUGGUGGGGGAGUUACUGUAUAUACACAUGACACAUUCUAAAUGCAAGAAAAGUACAGCAAAUAACCGAAUCGUCUACACCCAAAAUUGCACAUUUUACAUAAAACAAACAAAACAAAUACCUAUGUUGCCUUAUUUCCGAUGUAAACUUUGUUUCACGUCAGUACAAAAGCUUUUCCUCGGAGAGUUACAAGGUGGGGCGCGUCAUAAGAUACAGGGCGUCCGAUUCUACAAGUUUCGGGUACACCCAGUAUAGUAUUUCCGACAGUUACCACUCCAACAUCGGCCGGGAGAUUCUCGUGGAAGCUUCGACCGGAAACGGUACCCGUUUACGACAUUUCCGGUGGCCGUUUCCGCGGGAGAGUCGCGACAGGUGGUGGAGUGUCGGUUCUAUUAUACCGAGUGUACCCGAAACCAAGUCACAUGACAGGGGUACAUCCCCGAAGUACUGUUUUCCCGAUCGGGUACUAGGGCCAAUUGUGCUUUCGGGGUGGCGCUGUUAUGUGACUCAGUCGGGGGGCGGGGGUAAUGUCGGGUGAAAACCGGGCCAACGACCAAUAAACUGUGACCUGACGGGGGUUUCCCAACGGUUACAGUUUAUUUCGGGGGAUGGGUGAGGAGGUUUCACCUCCCUCGCUGUACCUCUGAAAUAAACACAAUUCAACUCACUUAUCUCAUAAGCAAACAACAACAUUAUAUAUAUUAUAUAUUAUCCAUUUUUCGUUCCAUCUUAAAAACAAAUAAUCGACUAAGGAAGACAUAGAGUUGCUUCUGGCGUAGGAGACCUGGUGCUCCUGCGCCAGAGGUGGCCAUUCUUCAGUCGACGCGGAACUGAUAAGGGUUGGUUAUUUACAAGAUGGCCAGCACUUAUCAGUUGCGUGUGAUUCCGAAGGUUGUAACCCGGUGAGUAGACUGGCAUUCAUUGUUGGUUAAGGGGGGUAACGAAAAGAUUUUUUUUCGUUUGGAAGUCAUUCCAUAUUUGGUUGGACGCUCUGUAUUAGAGAAUAAAUGUACACACACGAAUAUAUUAAUAUACAUUUAUGCCGGUAACUAGUUAUUAUUUAAAGUAGUUUUAGCCAGUAAUACAAAAUAAAUCUACAAAGUAAUAUAUAGAAUUAUUUAUAAAUUGUAUUUUAUAUUACAAUAUCGCUGAUAGUUAAUUGACUUGUUAGUGUAAUAAUUAAAUUUAAAUAGAGGAGUAAAAUUUAGAACAAUUUGACUGAUGUACAGAUACAGAAUAAGUUUUUAAAUUUUAAACUAUUAUACAAUAAUUAUUGAAAUGGAAGAAAAACAUUUACCUUAUAUGAUUAGGGCCUUUACUAUAUAUAGUGCAAUUCCUCAUGUGGUUUUUACUAGCCGAAUAGUAAUUUAUGUAAGGUGUUUCCUCGAUAUAUUUUUAAAUUUAGGCAUUGAUUUGUUGCUCAAAAGAUAUUAUUUUGUAUUAUGUUAAAGUUAAGUAAGAGUUAAAAAAAAUCGUAUGUCAGCCGACAAUGCUCUAUUAAAUAAUAAUAAAAAAGAAACAAAUGAACUGUAUAUUCAAUAUAUGAGUGUGACCUGUAAGUGUAAAAUUGUUUUCUAAUUCUUAAGUCUGCUAGUUAUUGAAGAACGUGUUAAUUAAUAGUUAAGCAACCGUUAAUAUUGGCGUAACUUGUCCCUCUUUUAACUUCCUCAUUCCUAAUGUUAUUAUCCUCUGCCACUGUAAAUCAGCUUUGCAGUUAGUUAAUAUGUAAUUCACCUGUUGCAAGCAAUCUUCAUGAUCAAUAAGCCUGUUAAGUAUUGUAAAGGUUGUCGAGGUCUACUGUAGUAGCAAUUGUUAUAGUAUAAUAACAAAAACUAAAUAAAAGAUAACUUUCAAACAAGAGACCUGGUUAAAUAGUGUCGUUUAAGGAGUAUAUUAUAAAUAUAUAUAUAUAAUAUAUACAGUAGUGCAUUUGUAUCGGGGUAGUUAAUUACUUGAGUAUAUUUAGCGUGAAUUAAGAUGUCUAUUAGUUUUAACAAAAUACUUACAAAAGAAUUGUACCUACCAUUAUCUUUGAUUAUUCGAUAAUGAGUAAAAAUAUAAUGCUAAAAAAUUGAA